AUGGCGUCGAUAUCCAAGGCUGACGUCGCCGCCUCAUCGUCGCCGUCGCCGUCCUGGAGCCAGGUCGCCGAGGCACAGAAGAAGGUGGACGAACUCUCGAAACAGGUGCUCGCCCUUCCCAUCGCCGACCUGCGAGCCAUUAAAUACCGGCCAGCUGCUCUGCCCGAAGACAUUCCUCAGCCGGGUAUAGACAUCGACAUCUCGACCAUCGAAGUGCCGGUCCGCGAUGGUGCCAAGAUCCCACUGCGUGUGUACCGGGCGAAGGCGGCGAGUGCAAACCAGCUGCCCGACUCGGAUGGCGCUGUGUUGUUUUUCAACAUUCAUGGAGGAGGUUGGGUCUUGGGCGUGCCUGAGACCGAAGAGGCCCAGAACCGAAUCAUCGCCGUGCGGAACAAGGCUGUCGUGGUGAGCGUCGACUAUCGCAAAGCUCCCGAAUUCCCAUUCCCCGUGCCUCUCGACGAUAGCUACGACGUCUUACAAUGGUGCCGCCAGAAGGAGAAUGCAGUCUCGUUGGGCGUCGACGCCAAUAAGAUUGUCAUCGGUGGUGGUAGCGCUGGAGCAAACCUGACCGCAGCAAUCACGCUCAGAGCCCGCGCCCACGACAACCUCUCCGGGAUCGUGGGCCAGAUCCUCAACAUCCCCGUGACAUGUCAUCCACAGUACUUCCCGAGCGAGCGGUAUUCGCAUCUGAGCUGGAGCCAGAACGCCGAAGCGCCCGUGGUCGACGCCGCCAGGAUGAUCUGGUUCUGGAACCACUACCUGUCCGCUUCGGGGGUGGAGGCCGCGGCCGAUCCGAGCCUGAGUCCGCUACUGGCGAGCAAGGAGGCUUUGGAAGGACUUCCGCCUGCAUUGGUGCAAGUCGCAGGGAUGGAUCCCCUGCGUGACGAAGGCCUGGCUUAUGCCGAAGCACUGGGGGCUAGUGGGUAA